AUGGGCCAGAUCGCCCUCAUCGAUUUGCUCGCGCUACGUCUACGUCUCUUCGGUAACGUCAUCCGACGCACCCUUUUCUCCAAAGACUUCAUGGGUGUCCUUCUCUCCGGCAUGGAGAUGUACCUCGAGCUCCCGCUCAAGACAAGGCCUUAUCCUCACGAGGCGGUGAUCCUUGAGAACACGGCAUGA